UACAUUUCUUUCGUUUGGGAAGGACGUUUAGGAGAUCGGAAAAGAAAGUCUCACUAACGUUAGCAGUGACAAGUCUAUGUUGUUUCAAGGUUGCCAGGAAAUUCGCAAUAGAAAUGGCAAACACAGUGUCUGAGGAGCCAGCAAGUGCAAUGGAUGAGGCUAAAGACAAGGGGAUUUUGUCAGGGACUAAUCUUGAACAUGAUGAAGCUGAAGUAACAGCUCCUGUAUCACCAGCAGCGGGAUCAUCAGCUCCUGGAGGCGGAGCAGGAGAAUUGUCAAUUCCAGCAGGAUCAUCAGCUACUAGCUGUACUAGCGACAGGAUCUUAAGCUCCUCAAGCGACUUCAAUCCCAGGAGGAAGCAAUGUAACAGCUCCUGUAUCACCAGCAGCGGGAUCAUCAGCUCCUGGAGGCGGAGCAGGAGAAUUGUCAAUUCCAGCAGGAUCAUCAGCUACUAGCUGUACUAGCGACAGGA